AUCCGCAUUUUUUUUAUUUCGAUUGUUAGUGGUUUAAUUACUAACCAUACAGAAUAUACUCUUAGGUGUGCCAGUUCAUACACAGAACGUGAGCCCAUUGGGACAAGAUUCCUGCUUCGCGAGGCUGUGGCCUUUGGCAUGGACCUUUGGGUCCGGCCACUGCGUCCCACGCUGUUUUCUUCUUUCCCGUCCGCUUGCCGUCGGUACAAGGGAUGUGCUCUUGGUUGGACUGUGCAGCCACUGGUUGUCCUGCUGCGGGUCAUAGCCAUUUUCGAUUCACGCCCACGGGAAAUAAUGUCAGCAACCCAUGUCCCAUUCGUACGCCGCCGAAUCAAACGCUGCGAUUCAGCUUCGAGACGCAGAACUUACGAGUAUGUACCAUACGCUUUGCCACAAAUCGAGCCGUAUUCGAUUUCCCCCUACCAGAUGGAGUCCUAUCCAAUCAUUACCGAGGCGUAUUCGAGACAGACCGAGGCCCAUACCAGCAGGACAGAAGCGCACCUCUUGCAAGAUCAGAACCCAACAAGCCAUCGUCAUCCUUCGAUCUGGCCAUCGAUAACAAGGACUUUGAAUAUGGAAACCAAGGGAGGGGGUAGAUAGAUAUAGUUGUUUUUAGGUUUAAGGAUAUACGUAUAUAUAUAUUUAGAUAGUAUAUGCAAAUGUUUUCCACUUAUGUAUU